UAUAGUUAUAUCGGGAACUAUACUGUGUAUGAUUCAGUGCACUUAGUAUAAAGUAACGUUAGCAACUAGGACUGCAAGUUGAUGCAUCAGUUGUCAAGAUGCGAGCAGUCUUUGUGUUAGUCGCUCUAGGCCUAACUGUGGUUACUGCUGUCCCAGCGAACAUUACAGGGAUUGUGGGUGGGUCGGAGACCGUCAUCAGUAGGUAUCCUAGCAUCGUUGGUUUGUUGUACUCCAGCGAUGGGAACAACUUCAACCAAGUAUGUGUAGGCGCUAUUGUCAACAUGAAGUCUAUAAUGACUGCUGCACAUUGUGUAUAUGGUGAUGCAGUCUACAAAUGGCGCGCCCGAGCUGGUUCGAGUUGGGCCAACUGGGGUGGCUUUAUGUACUCUUUUAAGUCCUUCAUCAUCCAUCCCAGCUUUAACUUCCGAACUAUGAACAAUGACAUUGCCAUAUUACACCCUACUACUGAUAUCGCCUAUACAAUUGGUAACGUCGUUAAACCUGCUUCUAUUGCCGGCCCGAAGUAUAACCUUCCUGUAAACGACAUUGUCUGGGCCGCAGGAUGGGGAUCUUCAGUCGUUGGUGCAGCCCCAGAUGAGAAGCUUCGUCACAUCGAAGGUCGGAUCAUCAGCGAGCAUACUUGCUCAUCCAAGUAUGCUGCAGUCGGUGCUAAUGUGACUAGCGACAUGUUGUGCUUCGGCUGGCCCUAUGGUGUGUCUCGCAAUCGGUGCCAGGGUGACUCUGGCAGCCCGGUCUACCAUCACACCACUCUGGUCGGGAUCAGUUCAUGGGGUUAUGGUUGCGAUAUUCCUGGCUACCCCGGAGUCAAUACUCGUAUUUCCAAACUGUCAAUAUGGAUUCAAGAAAACUCACCGGUUUUCUAAUGUACCUCAAUAGAAGGACCGGUAAUGUAGAUGUCAAAUAGCGAGCAUAUCUAAGCGGUGUAACGAGUGUUCAUGGGUGAUCGCUUCACAUUUGGUGAAAAAUGUAUUUGCAUAAAUUGCAAAAUAGGGGCAGCUAUUUUA